AAUACGAAAGAAUUUCGGGUUGGGGAAAGAAAUUACUUUCCAGGGCAGGCAAAGAGAUCUUGUUAAAAACGGUGGCACAAGCUAUGCCUCAAUAUGCCAUGAGCAUUUUUUUGUUACCACAGGGGCUUUGUGAGAAGAUUGAAUGGCUGAUGAAUUCCUUUUGGUGGACAAGCAAGGGUUCUAGUUCUACUGGUAUUAGGUGGAUGUCGUGGAACCGUUUAUCAGUGCCAAAGAAAUUUGGAGGCAUGGGUUUUAAGCAACUUCAUAGUUUCAACGUGGCAAUGCUGGGGAAGCAAGGGUGGAGGCUUCUUACCCAACCUGAUGCGCUCGUUUCUCGUGUGUUCAAAGCAAGUAUUCUCAAGGCACAACCUUUGAUCCGACAAGGCGUGCGUCGUAGGGUGGGGAAUGGUAGAAACACUCUUGUGUGGGGGUCCCCCUGGCUCUUGGACUCAGACAACCCAACCAUUAUGACCGACCAGCAGUUUAUGCCUAACUUCCCAGUGAAUUUUCUUAAGGAUCCAGUUACUGGUGGCUGGAACGAGUCGCUGUUACAUUCCUAUUUCAAUGCUAGAGAUGUUAUGGAGAUCCUGCGUGUGCCUUCAUGCCCUUCUCGUGAGGAUCUGUGGUUCUGGUCAAGGUCUCCUCAUGGACACUACUCUGUUAAAGAUGGCUAUCGUCUGCUUCAAGGGGAGGUUGUUGCUGAGUCUACUGGUUUCUCAGCCUGGAAUAAGCUUUGGCGUAUUCCGGUAGAAACAAAGGUAAAAGUGGUUAUUUGGCGGGCUCUUCGGGGUAUUUCACCAACUAUCUCUUCUCUCAAUUCCAAAGGGAUGGAACUGGACAACUUAUGCCCAAUAUGUGGGGAAGAGGGGGAAACUACUGAUCACAUUUUUGUUUUUUGUUCUUAUGCUUUGGCUAUUUGGGAAGGGGUUGGAGCUCAGGUUUCAAGAGUAGCCGGGGGUUCUUUUAUACAUUUUUUUGAAGGGCUUUUUGGUUCAAGGUCAAUGGGAGAGCUUAAAGUUAUUGCAUAUGCAGUUUGGGCUUUGUGGAAGACUCGUAAUGCAACAGUUUGGGAUGGAAGGGUUUCGCUGCCGGCAGUAACUAUUCGGUUGAUUAAGUCAUUGGCUGAACGUUGGCCGGACAGCCGUUUGGGGCAUCAAUUGACUCCGCCGUCUUGCUCUAUUCUAGGGCAGCAAAGUUCAGGGCAGGUGCAACAUUGCUUUGUUGAUGCCGCUUUGUUUCCUCAGGUCGGAGAGGUAGGAUUCGGUGCUGUUCUUCUUGAUCCAGGUGGUAGGUUUGUGGAAGCAUUUAACGGUACUAUUCUGUGUUCCCAAGAUCCCCUUCUAGCAGAAGCAAUAGCGGUUAGAGAGGCUUUGGCUUGGUUAAAGAGAGAGGCAUGCUUGGAGGUGCAACUUUUUUCUGAUAGCUGGAUGGUGGUGAAUGCCAUCAACCACGUCACCGUUUCUCGCUCGUACUUCGGUUCGAUUAUUGAGGAGUGUAGGCUAUUUUUAUCUUCUUUCCGUUCAAUUUGUAUCUCUCAUGUUUGUCGAGAUUUGAAUGGUGUUGCUCAUGUGUUAGCCCGUCGAGCGGUUGCUCAACUUGGGGUUUGGGAAUAUGUUCCUCCAGACUUUAUUGUUUCUCACUUUAAUUAAUGUGAUUUUUUUUCCUUCAAAAAAAAAAACAAAUUACUCCCUCUCUUCUAAAUUAAACCUCGGACUGCAGAGUCUCUUUUUUUUUCUUUUUUUUGAGUAAAAUUAAACUGUUUCUUUGCUGUCCCUUUUUUCAUACUCCGGUACGCAUCAAUAUAUUUUCUCGAUAAAAUAGGAAAAUGUUU